AUGGCUGUUGCGAAGAUGAAACUGUCAUUGCUGAAGCUGUCUGUCCUCAAAUGGCCGGCCCUGGUCACAUUGGCCAUCACUUUCGGGCUACUAGCAUGGUCGUGGGCGGCACAAUACACCUAUUGGCGAACUUAUCCAUGGUACGGAAGGCUAUGCACGCCAGUUCCGAUGAUCGACUGUCUGCAAUCGCAGCCCAUGCAUGCGGCUCUGCCUGAAUACGAAGACGUCAUUGCAACCGACAAGACAGCGGCCUCGAUGCAGGAGUUUGCUAUGUAUAGAGAACUGCAUCCCAUGCUAACGGACCUCAUGUACGAAAUCCAGUCGCUUUUCUACAAUGCUUCUGCGAUCAGCGGCGCGAGGAAUGCAACGCUCAAGGACGUGUUCAUACACUUCGCUGGUCGCAUCCAGCUUGAUAUGACCCUCAACGUGACGGACGACAUGAUGGAAAACGAAGCGGAUAUCAACGGUCUCAUUCACGGCUUCGAGAUCAUUCACCGUCACGAGGGAGCGAUCCUAAAGAUGACCGAAGCUGGAUCCGUCCUCGGGCCCCUGCGGAGUUUGAAGAGCAUCAUGGGUCUCAACACCAACACCACCGAGCAGAACAUCCACGCGACCUUUAUGGCCUACACCGAUCGCCUCAUCGAAAGGAUGGAUCUCGUCAUUGACUCAUGUCUGAAGACGUCGCGUGGCCUGUCACGCGUGAGCAGGGACGUGAAGAUACUGGCGAUGAGCAUGGGAAUAGAUUGGGAGUCAUGUAGUCUUCCCAGACCGAAAGAGACGAUCUCCGGAACGCUCCGGGCUCAGCCAAGCGACCCAGCGAAUGGCGUAUGCGCCGAGUUCGACAGUCUGUUCGGGUCUGCUUUGAACGGCACAUCGAUGGCAUUGCAAGCCAUCACGAGGAUUUCCGGGACUAUCGCAAGGGCUCGGAAUAUGUCCGGAGAGAACGCGAGGGAGAAGCCAUGUCCCGAUCCUUGCGCCGCGGCAGCCUUGGAGCAAUCCAUUCAGCUCACGAUCGCGAGAUUGGAGGAGAGUACAAGCUUCCUUCAAGCGGAAAGCCGGAAAGUGUGGUUGCUACGGCAGAGACGUUACGAUGAACAUAGGGCUGAGAUGGAGCGGCGAGUACGAGAUCCUUACUACGAGCUUGUUCUGAAAGAAGAGGGACUGGUGGCAUCUUACGACAGAGCGGCAGCAGAAAAUAAGGCCGCACCUGACAAGAUCAGCGAUUCACACGACAAGGUCAGAAAAGUGUCGAUUGAUGUGAUAUCGCCACAUGAAUCCAUGCACGAAGCGGGCAGAACGCUACUCGGCGAGCUACAUAGUCAGAUCUUCGUUACCACUGAUAGGUUGCGAACCAGCGGCAAGACAUUCAGCGCCCUCGCCACCGGAUGGACCUCAGCGGCCAGAUCGGCCGCUUCAGAAUUGCACUCCAUGGCAGAAUUGCCCAGCGGACGCUCCACGCCACUGGACCUCUUUGGCAGCUCUUUCGGAUUCCCACUCUCCGACAGAGAAGUCAUGGUCCAGACCAGGUUCAAGAAAUAUGUCGAUUUGGUUCUCCAAGACGUGGACGAUGUUGUACAUGCAUUGGAAAGGUCAUCACAAGGCUUAGCGGAGCUGCAAGCCAUGCUUCUUCGCUUAGCAAAACUGUUCAUUGGCAAACGACAGAUGCCAUCAAAGCCCGAUGUGGCAGGCUCUGAAAGCGACAGGCACCUGGCCUUCUGGGGCGCGGUACUGAGCCCCAACCGCCGACGUAUCCCACGCUUCGACACCACAGUGGAGACUCUGGCGGAAUUCAGCCGAGAAGUUUUCAGUGCAAUCAAAACCACGAAUGAAGAGCUCAAAGGCAUGCGGCGAAUGCGCGAGGCGGUCAUUGGUCAGACUCAGAUACGCAACGCUCAGACACGAAGAUGGUGGAAGCAAACUUCGCCAUACACGUGGACACCAACGGCGGACUCGCUGAUUCUCACGGCGGCAAGGUUGAAUGAGAGCAUCGCUUACAUGCAGCGGGAGCGAGAUUCUGCGGAAAACAUGGAUGAACAACUGCUCGCAGAGUGGCGAGGCCGAAAGUCCAUGCUCGAUGAUACUGUCAAUAGAAGGGCGACAUCCCUUCGGCGCCGAUCUAGAGCACAAUCAUUGCGGCGAAGGCAAUCACUCGCUACGGAGCAUCUCGAGGACUCCAUCAGGAAACCUACGCUAUCAAAAGAACGAAGUCCGACACGAUUUACAACGACCAAGCUGGCCAAUCUGAAGAAGAAGCUGUACGCUCAGAAGUGGCUUUUGGCAUUCGCUUUCGUCCUUAUCCUAGGCAUAUUCAUCUGGUCGCUCUUGCCCAGACAUUGCAGAGACUGGAAACCCGGCCCCGAGGUGCAUCCGCACUUCAACUGGAUCGGCGAGAGCGAUGGGAAUCUGGCGUUGGCGUACAGGUCCUCUGCUAACCGGGCUGCGAGACCCGACAAAAUCCGAGUGGCUUAUUCGGAGUUGAAGUCGUUGGUGAAUCAUCUGUCGAAGCUAGACCCCUCGAAGCAGAACAAAGAGAGGAAGCUUUCCAUUGAAUUCAGCAAGAUAGUCGACAAUACCACGAGGAGCAUGCAGAAAACCGCGGCCAGUUUCAGUCACUUGCUUGACGGCGCCAUCCUCACCCACGCAGGGGCCGCAGAGAAGAUCAAACGUAUCGAAACCCGCUUGAGAUCCUCCAAGAAGUCGCAUUGGAUCCCGGGUAGCGAACGCCGGACAGUAGACGCCCUGACCAAGGAGAUCCAGGACAUCUUCAAGCCCUAUCAGGCUCGCAUGGACCAGAAAGUCGAAGAAGUCAUGGCAUUCCACAACCUAACCUCGCAAAGCAUCGCCGAACUGCAAGACUUCCUCCCACGCAUGAUGUCAGUAUUCAGCAGUGUUGAACCUCUUCCCCGUCCAGACCCUACAGACCCUACUGCAACACUUGGUAGCUAUCGACUGCCCGACGGAACUGUCUUAUUGGAAGAGGACCGACAACGCCAGUACUGGGAUGCCGUUCUCGCCCCGUACAAGGCAAACAUCACGGACUUCGAAGGCACCGUGCGCAGAUGUGCGCACUUCAGUAGUGAUCUAAUCGGAGACGCCAGGGACACACUGUUCGACUACGAUAUCUUGAAGCGAGCUCGUAGAAAUUACUCGUUCUACAAUCAGGCUACGUCCUUUGACGAGUGGAAGUUGACCGAAAAGACGUUGGCGCGGACGGUGGAGAUGCUGAAUGAGCGUGUCGCUCAGCUGGAGAAGGAUAAGGCGGAGAUGAAGAUCAGGGAGAGAGUGGAGAUGGCGAGGCACGAGGAGAUCUUGGAAGGGAAGAGGGAGCGCGCGGCGAUGGAGCAGUACUAUCAGGAGAAGGCGGAUAGGAAGAAGGCCCGCAAGUGGUUCGGCUUCUUCUAG